GGGAAGGAAAGUAGUAACAGAAAAUACCUAUGCCUGAACGCACCUACAGACAUGUUGAUACCACCAGAACUCAUACCAUCGGUAGCGUCGAACAAUUCCUCCGAGGUACAGGAGGAGAUUCUUCGAGGAUGUCAUCAUCGUACUCUCCCACGUCCACUAAUUCCCCUUCCUCUCCUUACUUUGAGAGGUUGAAGCAACAUGAUCCCGAAGACGACCAUGGCCUCUAUCAGAAGAAAUCAGUUCUCACCAAAGUCAAGGAGAAGGCCAGGAAACUCCGCAACAGCCUCAGCAAGAGAAGACUCGACGAAAAUUUCACACCCUCCUGGGGUGUUAGCUUAGAUGAUGAUCAUGAUGAGGAAGAAGAAGUAGAUGCCGAAUACCUUGGAGCUCCAAUGUAUGAAUCAGAGCUGGCACCUGAGGGAUACAAAGAAAAUGCAAGGCAACAUCCAAGAGCAAAUCCAGUAAUAUCUGAGAAGCAUGUUUUGCACAACACUGUCAAACUAGGAGUGGAACAUGAUCGAGAGAAGCCACGUGUCAUGAACGCCACCACAACUCCAAACAUGUCACAAGUCUAUGGUGGAGGGUCAAAUGCAGCAGCACUUUCUUUAGCCUCAAAACUUCAAACUGCUGUUUCCACACAAACUCCUGCCAACAUUAACACUUCCUCCCAGACUUCAUCACUUCAAUCUCCAAUGCGAAAUUCUCCAUCCUCAACUGUCUCAUUGAUGAGUGGCAGGAAUACAAACCAAAGGGAUGCUUCAUUCAGUGAUUAUUUGAUCAACCAACCUGACCAAGGGGAUGAUGCCAAUACCACUUUGUCUCCAAUGCAAAAUUCACCAUCCUCAUCUGCUUCAAUAUUGAGUGGGAACCAAAAGGGUGUUUUAGUCACUGAUUAUUUGGUGAACAAGUCUGAACAAGAGGAUGAUGCCAAAACUAAUUUGUCUCCAAUGCAAAAUCCAUCAUACUCAUCUGCUUCAAUAUUGAGUGGGAAGAAUAUAAUCCAAAAAAGUGCUUCAAUCAAAGAUUAUCCAAUGAACAAGUCUGAGCCAAGGGAUGAUGCCAAAACUGUGCCUUCAAUAUUGCAAAAUUCACUAUCCUCAUUAUCUGCUUCAUUGAAUGCAAAGAAUAUAAUCCAAAAGAGUGCUUCAAUCAAAGAUUAUCAAAUGAACAACACUGAGCCAAGGGAUGAUGCCAAAACUACUUUGUCUCCAAUUCAAAACUCAUCAACCUCAUCUGCUUCAUUGAGUGGAAAAAAUAUAAUCCACAAGAGUGCUUCAAUCAAAGAUUAUCCAAUGAACAUAUUUGAGCCAAGAAGGGAUGAUGCCAAAACUCUGUCUUCGUUGCAACAUUCAUCAUCCUCAUCUGCUUCAUUGAGUGGGAAGAAUACAAGCCAAAAGAGUGCUCUUCUUAGAGAUUAUUCAAUGAACAAGUCUGAGCCGAGCGAUGAUAUGAAAACUGUAGUGUCUCAGCCUCAGGUAACAUCUGAAGCAAUGAGUCCAAGGAAAAGUUCUAAUAAUGGAGGUGUGUUGGAAAAGGUGAAAGGAGCUGUGAAUUCAUUGCUCGGGAAUGAGGAACCAUCACAACAAUAUGGAGUCAAAAUUGCUACUAAACGCAAUUCGCCUCAAACUCCGCAAGUUGGUCAGGAAGAGAACUGUGGCAGAAUUCUACAGGCAAAUUAAUAUUCCACUAGAGUUGUCCUUUAUACAUUUGUGUAUAUGAUUGCGUGUAUCUAAUAUGUACUCUCUUUUUUUUAUUAUUUUUUUUUAGCAUUUUGUGUAUGUAUCUAAUAAUAAUUAGACUGGAAAGAUCAUUUCCAAUGUUGUGUAAACUUAAUUUGUAUGGAAUAAACUCUGUACCAUGAUUAUCCACACACAAAAAUGUGUGCAGUGUUCACUUUCGUUAAUUAAUACAGAAGGAUUCAUCAGAAAAACACAAUUGUCACCAACAUGUUUACAUUGGUUGAUUAUGGCUUUAAUGUUGGUGGUAUGGUUGAUCUCCAAGAUGAAGAGAACAAAAUAGAGAAGGAAAACAAUUAGUGCACAAAUUCAUUCCAAGGUGUGGAUAAGUAUUUGUAUUUCUUUACCCUGGAUUUAAAUUAGGUUAAAAUGAUAAAUUUUCUUUAAAAUAUAAUAAAGUCCUUGGUUUU